ACCGCACACAGACAGACUCCAAAUCGUGAUAGCUAGUAGAGAAAUGAUACAGGAACACACAGAAAGAGCAGAACAGAAAGCCUUCCAGAAACCCUAGCUCCCCACCCCCAAAUCUCCCACAUCUCCCAAUUUUCCAUGCAUUUCAGCUCGUAUUUGAGGAAAAAUAUUUGAUAAAGCUCUCCAGAUAAGAAUGCUAAUACACAUUUUGUUGGGAUUCAAGAUUGUAUCAUUUUGGGAAGCACUGAUAACUAUUUUUUGCAUAGUUAAUCAAGUCAAGCUUUUGAAUAAGGAAAAGGUCCAUUUUCCCUGUAACUACUUGUUUUAGUGGAGGUAAAAGGUGGUUUCUGCUUCACCUCGUCUGACAGUUAGUUGUGGUGUCGCUGUCAAAUGUCAGAAGGUGUCAUGGCGGUUGUCAAACCUGAGAUGAAAUCUUACAUCUGGCUUCAAACUGCUGACGGCUCAAUCCAACAAGUAGAAGAAGAGGUUGCCAUGUUCUGUCCCAUGAUAUGCCGAGAAAUAUUGCAAACAGGAAUGGGAUCUUCCAAAAACUAUGCUAUAUCACUUCCUCAACGAGUUAAUCCUGCCAUUUUGGGCUUAAUACUCGACUACUGUCGGUUUCAUCAAGUACCUGGUCGCUCUAAUAAGGAGCGCAAAAUUUUUGAUGAGAAAUUUAUUCGAAUGGAUACAAAAAAGUUAUGCGAGUUGACAUCCGCUGCUGACAGCCUCCAAUUGAAGCCUUUGGUUGAUCUCACCAGCCGAGCACUUGCUCGAAUUAUUGAAGGAAAAACACCCGAGGAGAUACGCGAGACAUUUCAUUUACCUGAUGACCUCACAGAGGAGGAGAAGUUGGAACCUCUGAGGAACAUAACUGAUGAUCCACGUAUCCGGCUUCUUAAUCGGUUAUAUGCUAAAAAGAGGAAAGAAUUAAAAGAGAGAGAGAAACUGAAGAAUGUUGAGGCUGAGGAGGAGCGUGUUGAUGAGCGUUCAGUUGAUGAUCUCUUGACAUUUAUAAAUGGUGGAAAUAGAGAAGCAAAGGGGAUUAAGACCAAUAAGAAUAAAAAGAAAAAUCGAAGAAGAAAAGAUCAUCCAAAAGAUUCUUCAACCAAUGUAAAUGGACAUAAUAAGGACUUGGAUGCACUUUCUUCUGCUUCCCACGAUGGUGACAUAAUCAAUGUUGAGUUGUCGUCUCCCAGUUCUUCAAAGUUGCAAGAUUCUACGUCUGUUACCUUUUCACCAAAGCUUGACUUUGAUGAUGGUGAUUUGGAUGAUGAUUUAGAUCCUGCCAUGAAGAAGAGCUUGACAGGGAAGUGGAGGAUUUUGCACGAAGAUUAAAUUCAGAUUGGCCAGAAAGGAUGCAGGAAAUUUUAUCUUUAGGUCAAGAGAGGAGACUUGCACCAAUAAAUAUCAACGGCAAUGGCUCUGCACAUGGAUAUAAAAGUUUGGACAGGAGAUAAUGAUCUACCAGAGAGCGCUAUUUAAUCAGAAUGUCCAGCAGCUUGAGCGAUUGGAACAGAUGCUACCGAUGGGGUUAGCUGCUACACAAGCUUAGAAGAGAGAGCAGUGUUUUUGGUGUUGCCGGCAUGUGAGUAUAUUUGUUUGAUUUUUCCAUCACCAAAUGCAAUUUUCGUUCUAUGGGCAUCUUCCAUUUUGAAGAAAGGAAACGAACAGAUGUCAAAAAAAAAAAAAAAAGAGAGGAACUCAGAGGCUACAUUAGGGAGCAUAGUUUUCCUCAUUGCUUAUGUUCUCUUUUGUGGUUAUUCAUGAAGAGCAUACGUUGCUCUGUUUUUCCUUGAGCCGCCGUUGAUGGCGGCUGCCUCCUGUACUUACUUGAAACGAUGCCGAAUUUUGCAGAUGUACCUUUUCUUUUUCAUUUCAUAUAUAAGGCCCCAUUUGGCUUUUGUAGAGUCUUGCAAGAAGUUGCAAGUGCUUUCAGUUGAUGUAAUGAAAUUGAAAUGAAAAAUAAAGGUUAUUUCAAAAACCUUGUACAAUAUGGUCGUUUUGAAUAUGUCGGAAAGCCAUAUAUCAUCUUUGGUUCACAGAGCGGAUUCAAUGACAGCGAAGAACUUGCAUGCAUCUGUUUCAUGAAACCAUUUUGUGAAAUCAGUUUCUCAUAUAUAAGGUUGUGAACACGAGACCUUAGAAAUUGAUGCAUGCAAGUUUUUCCUCGUUUGCUGACGUUAUAAAAAACAUUCAAGCACCAAUGCCUUUUCAAGUGGUUAGGAAAAAUUUCAGGCCUGUAUUUCAAGUUUUGAAUUCAAUUUUUGACGCUGAUGAAUUACACGAUAGUGGUUAGAUGAAGGCUGAAAUACCGUCUUCUGAAACUAAAUGCGUGGAUUGCCGUGUCGAAGUCAACUGCUGAUCCCCAUUUUUAAAAAGAAAGAGACAAAGUAGUAUUCAUUAAAUUCACAUUCUUCUCUAAUCAAAUUCACAUUAUAUGCAGAUCUUUUAUUCAUUUAUUUUUCUUUUGACAUUAAGAAACGAAAAGGAAAACAAAGAAGAAAUUAGUACAUUGAAGAUCAAUAAUCUUUCAGUUUAUGGGCGGAGUAGUACUUCUUGAAAGCCCUAGGAAGAUAGACAGGCAGCAAGAACCCAAAUAAAUUGAAGCACCAAAACGCCAUAUUAGCAAUGGCAAGCCCUCUCCCCACAUACAAUCUUUUUGCAGAUCCACCGUACUCCUCAUGCUCCUUGGAAAACUCACUCCUCAGCCAAUCCACGAUGGUGAAAAUCCGCCUGGAAUUGUAGAAAACCGGCACGAAGACACGUAUGGGCGUCGAAAACCGGUCGGCAAAAGCCAUUCCUUCCAUGAACACCUGACUGGCAAGGAGAAAAACGUGCGGGGAAGCGGCGCUGAUGCCUGUUUAUCGCCUUCGAAAAUGCCCUCCAAAAUGUAGGCAAUGGGGAGCAGAAGGCCGAUGACGGCGCCGGUCAGGACGUAGAGGCGGAGGACUUUGUUUUUGGGGUUGAAAACGGUGGGGUCUCUGGAGGAACCGAGGAUGGGGAAAGCAACUUUGGAGAUGAUGUGCAUGUAGAUCACGGAGAAGAAGACGAAGGCGAAGUCUUGGGGGCUUACCAUGCCGCUGGCGGAGAGGACGACGACGACGGCGAGGGCGUUGAGCUGCCGGAAGGAGAACAGACCGCCACCGGCUUUGCGCGGAGAGGCGGUGGCGGUGGAGUGUGAAGUUGGGGACUUUUGGUGGGAGCUGAGUUUUGAGGAGGUUUCGUCGUUGUGUUCUUUGAAUUCAUGUUCUUGUUCUUUGGGGAGGCUGAUGUCACCGCAGGUUGGACCAACCCCA